CAACGGCGCAAUAGCCUCCAGUUUUUUUUUUUUUUUAAACUUUCAAUUAUAUUUUGAUUGGUUACCAUUUCAGCUGCCGAAGAAAUAAAAUACAACCGUAGAAAGAAAAAGAAAGAAAAGAAUUCAAUUACUCGACGCCUCUGCUUCUCUCGUCGAGUGAAAGAAAUAAGCAUGGCCGUGGUUGGAGUAUUGGCUUUACAGGGAUCUUUUAACGAACACAUAGCAGCGCUAAGGAGGUUAGGAAUGAAAGGAGUGGAAAUAAGGAAGCCAGAGCAGCUUCAAAGUAUCAGCUCUCUUAUCAUUCCUGGUGGAGAAAGCACCAGCAUGGCUAAGCUUGCUGAGUUCCACAAUCUUUUUCCAGCUCUGCGGGAAUUUGUGCAAAUGGGGAAGCCGGUUUGGGGGACUUGUGCAGGUCUUAUAUUUUUGGCAAACAAAGCUGUUGGACAGAAAGACGGAGGACAGGAAUUAGUUGGGGGUCUGAAUUGCACUGUCCAUAGAAAUUACUUUGGGAGUCAGAUCCAAAGCUUUGAGGCAGAGCUCUUAGUGCCAGAACUUGCCUCCCAAGAAGGUGGCCCUGAGACAUUUCGUGGUGUUUUCAUCCGAGCUCCUGCUGUCCUUGAAGUGGGGCCAGAAGUUGAAGUGCUUGCUGAUUAUCCUAUCCCAUCAAAUAAAGUUCUAUAUUCAAGUUCAGCUGUUGAAAUUCAAGAGGAGUCUGCCGUGCCUGAAAAGAAAGUGAUAGUUGCCAUAAAGCAAGGAAACUUGCUGGGGACUGCUUUCCACCCUGAGUUGACUGCAGAUACGAGAUGGCAUAGUUACUUUCUAAAGAUGGUAAGAGAUGUCGGAGAGGGAACCUCGAAUGCCACUGUUGCAGUCAGUGAAGCGGCUUCAAGUUCUGACCGACAAACAAAAUAUGAUCUUCCUAUAUUCCGAUAAUCGGUGGCAUCAAUGAGAUUCUUUUCAAGUAUUUUCAGUUUCUCUUUCAUUUUCAUUUUCUUCCUUUUGUUUCCUCCAUGUUUGCAGAUGUUUAAUCUUUUUUGUCAUAAGGUAAGUUUCUAUUUGAAAAGUAAUUUUUGUUCUUUCUAGGUGGCAUUUACACACAUAUCACUAUAUAAUUACAAUCUAUUGUUACCCUGAUGUUUCAUA